AUGGUACAAGUUUAUAAAAUUAUUACAGGUGCUAUUUUAUGUACGUUAUUGAUGACAAUAUCUAUUUUAACUGUAGAAUCAAAAUAUGCAGAAAAUAUUCCUCAAUACGAUCAAAAUUUAGAAGCCAAUAUUCCAAUUAAAUAUAUUGCAAAACGUCGUUUUUUACCUACUCGUCGUGAUUUACUUGAAUGGCCAAUAUCAUAUGAAAAUAAUAAUCUAGUUCAUUUGGAUAAAUAUCAGUUUAUGAAAUUAAAACGAGAUUAUUUGACUAACAGACGUAAUGAAGAAAAACAGAUAAUAAAAGGAUUAGUCUGA